GAUCUUUGUGCGCGUCAACAUUCAUUCGUUUACUCUUCCCUUUCCCCAUUUUUUUGCUAGAUUGCUCCGGCUGGUGACCUGCGCACGUUAGAAGAACUGAGGCACCUGGAGGAAGGGGGAAGUGGCGCAUCUUAGCCUAACAUCAUCGCAGAGGUGUAUUAUUCCUUUCGUAUGUGGUGUAAGUGUGUAUAUAUAUUUAUAUACAUACGCUAAUUUUUAGGGCUUUUCCUUCAACUCUCUUUCGACUCUUCAAUGGCCGCUCCACCGGCAAGGGCCCGAGCAGAUUAUGAUUACCUCAUUAAGCUCCUUUUGAUCGGCGAUAGCGGUGUGGGGAAGAGUUGCCUUCUUUUGCGUUUUUCCGAUGGUUCUUUUACUACUAGUUUCAUCACUACCAUCGGUAUUGAUUUUAAGAUAAGAACCAUUGAACUUGAUGGCAAACGGAUCAAACUCCAAAUUUGGGACACAGCUGGUCAGGAACGGUUCCGGACAAUUACAACUGCUUAUUACAGAGGAGCCAUGGGUAUUUUGUUGGUGUACGAUGUUACAGACGAAUCCUCUUUCAAUAACAUAAGAAACUGGAUUCGCAACAUUGAGCAGCAUGCCUCCGACAAUGUUAACAAGAUCCUGGUCGGAAACAAAGCCGAUAUGGAUGAAAGCAAAAGGGCUGUGCCUACUGCAAAGGGCCAAGCACUUGCCGAUGAGUAUGGCAUUAAAUUCUUUGAAACUAGUGCAAAAACAAAUCUAAAUGUGGAGCAAGUCUUCUUUUCAAUCGCAAAGGAUAUCAAGCAAAGGCUUUCAGAUACCGACUCCAAGGCGGAGCCAAGUACAAUUAAGAUCAAUAAAGGUGGUGCAGAUGGAUCAGGAGGGAAUGGUGAAGGUGCACAGAAAUCAGCUUGCUGUGGUUCUUAAAAACUAAUCACAAAUUAUUAGUGUGAUGAAUGAAUGUUUGUUAUCUGCUGCUAUUGUUAUUAUUAUUCUUUUUAAUACUUCUGUUUUGUUUUUUAUUGUGUUAGUGUGUGAAACAUACAUAAAUAGGGGUUCCAAAAUUUACUUGUGGAUUCUUUCUUCUUUCUUGCUUUUAGUUUUAGGAGGUUGGAUGGCUUCCGAUUAAUAUGACUAAAUUACAGAUUUGGUCCCUA